AAUCAAUUUAUUUACAAGGUGUUCUUGAUGGUACAAAAACAUCAGCUAGUCCUUAUCAAGGUCAAAAUGGAUCAAUAAGUAUAGGGACAUCAUAUUUAUCUUCCAGUUCAUUUUAUGGUUAUAUUGAUAAUUUGAAAGUAACAACAAGAGCAAAAUCAGCUAGUGAAAUUCUUGUUGAUGCUUCAGUUGUUGUUUAUUUUUCAUUUGAUGGUUCAACAUUAACACAAGAUAUGGGACCAAAUCAAUUGAAUGGUUCACUAUCAAAUGCUAUUUCAGUUAUUGGAAAAGUUGGUCUAGGUUUAGCAUUUAGUGGAUCAUCAUCUUAUCUUCAAAUAUAUGGAUUUUAUCAAUUAGGUCGAUCAUCGCAAUCAUUUUCAUUUGCUUUAUGGAUUUAUCCAUAUUCUGUCACAGGUGGAACAUUGAUUCAUAAAUCAACAGCACAAUAUACUAGCGGUAGUUGGUGUCAAGAUAUGAUGGGAUUAACAUAUAUUGGCCAAAUUGCUUUCUAUACAAAUGGAGGUGGUCGACAAAUUACUGGUCCACUUAUAUCCACUUUGGAAUGGACUCAUAUUGUUUAUACAUAUAGUUCUACUAAUGGUCAGAUAAUGUACAUUAAUGGUGUACAAUAUGCUGCAACGGGAUCAAUGAGCUUUUCGUCAAGUGGUACUAUUGAUUGGUUAACUGUUGGUCAUAAUAUUGUUGGAUGUUCACCGAGUCCUAUUUCUGGUGGUGCAUUUUUUGGAAUUAUUGAUGAAUUUUAUGUAUAUCGACGAGAAUUAUCUGCUACUGAAGUGUACACUCUAGCUAACCCUUAA